AUUUAGUGGUGGAAUAAGCUCAAGGUUGCAUGCCCUACAGUCCUAUUUUUAUUUUAAAACAUCACUCAAAUAUUUAUCAGUGGUUUUACAAUAAUAAAAAAUUAAAAGAAACCCAAACUGUGUAACUUUUAUGGUGAGGUCAAGGUGAGUGGAUUUUGAGUAUUUCAAGGGGGCAGGAAGAAAAGAAACCCUAGAUUAGAGAGCGCCCCUUUUCCUAUUAGAUUAUGACUACUUUAUGAAUUUUCUCACCCUACAUUUUAUUGUUUCCUCACCUCUCCCAACUUUGAAACAAAAAGAGUGUUUUUUUGGUUGGGGCAAAAGAACAAACACCUAACCGGCAUAAAUAUCUCAGGCUAGGGAGGUGGGAGAGGUGGGCAGAUGAUCCAAAAGACUCCGGCCCAGACCCAGAAGAAGAGCUACUGCGUGAUGGAAGAUAUUUAUGGAGUGGUGAUGGCGCCCAAGGCGGACCUUCAGCAACUCCAGCUGCAGCUUCAUAACAAGCCCGCUCCUCCACACCUCAUGCUUCCUGAUAUUGGACGAGCACUCGAGGACUUAUUGAAGACCAGAGAAGUGGGCGAGUUCCUUAGUGGGGCUUUUGCCGGAGCCAUGACCAAAGCUAUUCUUGCCCCUCUUGAGACUAUCCGGACAAGAAUGGUUGUUGGUGUUGGAUCCAAAAACAUUUAUGGCAGUUUUGUUCAAGUUGUUGAAAAACAGGGCUGGCAGGGGCUCUGGGCAGGGAAUGCAAUAAAUAUGCUGCGCAUAGUUCCCACGCAGGCAAUUGAGCUUGGUACAUUUGAAUAUGUGAAGCGAGCAAUGACUACAGCACAAGAGAAAUGGAAGCAGAAUGAAAGCCCAAGUUUGCAAAUAGGCCAUCUGAAUUUCAAUUUCAAUUUCAAUUGCCUACUGUCCUGGUUGUCUCCCGUCGCAGUUGCUGGUGCCGCUGCAGGAAUUGUGAGCACCCUUGCCUGUCAUCCCCUUGAAGUCUUAAAGGACAGAUUGACAGUGAGUCCUGAUAUAUAUCCCAAUCUAAGUAUUGCAGUGCGCAAGAUAUACAGUGAAGGUGGGAUUGGUGGUCUAUAUUCCGGGUUAUCACCCACAUUGAUCGGCAUGCUCCCUUACAGCACGUGUUACUAUUUCAUGUAUGAGACGAUGAAGAAAUCGUAUUGCUUAGCAAAGAAAAAAGAUUCUUUGUCUCGUGCUGAGAUGCUCUUAAUUGGGGCACUUUCUGGCUUGACAGCCAGCACCAUCAGCUACCCGUUGGAGGUGGCGAGAAAGCGGCUAAUGGUGGGAACUCUGCACGGGAAAUGCCCACCAAACAUGGCGGCUGCACUCUCGGAAGUUAUCAGGGACGAGGGCGUUAGAGGACUCUAUCGAGGCUGGGGGGCGAGCUGCUUGAAGGUGAUGCCUUCCUCUGGUAUCACAUGGAUGUUCUACGAAGCUUGGAAAGACAUAUUGCUCGUUGAAAGGCGUCCCUCUUGAAAAACUGAGGCUUCUUUUCGCCUUCUUUUCGCCAGUUAAAGGCGAAGAAGAUGGAAGUAUUGGUUUGAUAGCCAUUUAAUCUUGAAAAAGUUCCUGGGUAGAGAGAGCACCCAUAGAGAGACAAAACUAAUGCUAACUAGCACCACAACGACGCUUGAAUUAUGGUGCAAAAUUUUGUUUAUGGUUGUAUGUAGGUAAAGCUCAUUUUGGUCAGUUAAAUUAAAGCUCAUUUAUUGGGGUUCUA